GUCAUUGGACCAAACGGACCCCCCGGAGAUCCAGGACUUCAGGGAAGACUUGGACCACCCGGACGACGUGGGUACAUUGGUGAACCAGGACCGGCGGGAGACAAAGGACCUAAGGGAGGCGAUGGACCCCCAGGAAAUCCAGGAAAUCCUGGUCCACAAGGACCUCCUGGACCAAUGAAAGUCAAGACAAUUCCUGGACCUAAAGGACCUGUUGUCGUACCUCAAAUCACUUAUGGCGGCGCUGGUGCUCUACAAACAAUGGGCGACCCAGGACCACCUGGCCGACUAGGAAGUAGAGGACACGAUGGACGUCCUGGAAUACCCGGACCACGUGGUGCACCUGGAGAAAGAGGACCAAUGGGAGUGAUUGGACUCAUUGGACCCCCCGGACCUCCUGGACGUCCUGGCGAAGAUGGAGACCCUGGUUCUCGAGGACGUCAGGGACCACGUGGAGAUCCUGGUCGAAAGGGACCUCCUGGUCACCGAGGCAAAUCUGGACUUGCUGGACGAGAUGGACAUCGUGGUCGUAACGGACGUAGAGGCAAAAAGGGAGAUCGUGGUGGCGAUGGUGAUCGGGGAUUAGUUGGUGUGGUUGGACUCAACGGAAUCGAUGGUAUUGAUGGUGAGCGAGGACAGCGCGGCCAACCAGGAAUGAUCGGUGACGCUGGACCAUCUGGUCUAUCUGGACCACGUGGUUCAUCAGGUCGUGCUGGAUCACAGGGCAGCGCCGGUAUAAAUGGCCCUGCUGGUCCCCCAGGACCGCGAGGACCCAAGGGUGUACCUGGGCGCUCAGGCAACAAGGGACCCAUGGGUUACUCAGGGGAAACUGGUAUAACUGGUGUCCCUGGUCUCAAGGGAGUGGCCGGUAAAAACGGCGAAGCUGGAGAACAAGGCAAUGCAGGACCUAAAGGCGCCAAUGGUGACAUUGGAGGAGCUGGCGAACAAGGUCCUAUUGGAGAGACUGGAGCUAGAGGAAUGUCUGGUAACUCAGGUGGUCGAGGUGCACGUGGGGAUGUGGGAGACGCAGGAAAGGUCGGUGCAGACGGAGAGGUUGGCACUAAAGGCGGACCGGGUAAACCUGGUGAUAGUGGCGGUCAAGGACAGCCAGGACCCGUAGGGAAAAGAGGAGCUCCAGGUCAAGCUGGACUUGCAGGUCGGCCAGGGCCCCCUGGAAAAAGGGGCAUGGUCGGCUCGCAAGGGUUCCAGGGAAAACAAGGUAGCAGAGGCACUAAGGGAUCUGGUGGUGAAACUGGAGCUCGCGGAGGAUCUGGAAACAAAGGAGAUGCUGGCGAAACCGGAGGUUCUGGGGCCACAGGACCCAAUGGCGAACGGGGUGCACGUGGCCGAGCUGGCAAUCCUGGAAAAGAUGGCGGCAGAGGACUUCCUGGAGAUGGUGGCGACGAUGGAAGAGCUGGUGAGAAAGGCCCUCCAGGUGCUCGUGGACCAACAGGACCAAGAGGUCUUAUGGGACCUAAAGGAAAGACGGGUAAACAAGGCAAAAUCGGUGUAACAGGAAAAGUUGGACCAUCAGGAGUGAAGGGAGAACAAGGUGUUGUAGGAGCGAGAGGUUUACCUGGUGUAGCUGGCGAAAUGGGUGGAGCUGGCUCAGUAGGUGGGGCAGGUCCUGUUGGCGAGCCAGGUGGUCAGGGUGGCGCAGGAAAGCUCGGAUCACGUGGCCUUGCUGGUAAACCCGGAAGUGACGGUCCUAAAGGAAACACUGGGUUAUCCGGCAAUGAUGGACGAAAUGGAAAGGACGGCCCUGUUGGCGAAAGAGGAACAAUUGGUGCAGUGGGUGACCCAGGCAAAACUGGUGAAUCUGGCAGCACUGGACGCCCAGGAGUCAGAGGCGUAUCUGGAGCCUCGGGCGCUACUGGUGCCGAUGGUCGUGCUGGACCAACGGGUUCUCCUGGUCUACCAGGCGACUCUGGCAAAAAUGGUGGGAAAGGCGGAAGAGGAGACGAAGGAAAUACAGGAGCACGUGGUGAAGGAGGACCAGAUGGCGGGAAGGGUCCUGACGGAGGCGACGGUGAACGAGGGCCUCUAGGUACUAAAGGAAUGCCGGGUGAGCGUGGUGACGAUGGUGCUGCAGGUGAUCCAGGAAAUGCUGGUGAUUCGGGAGCACGCGGAGACCAAGGAGGUGUAGGCAAGACUGGCCAAAUGGGUCUUCAGGGCACUACAGGUGCUGCAGGACCACAGGGUGUCAUUGGCGGACAGGGACAAAAGGGGGUUCGAGGAGAACGUGGCGAAACCGGUUUUGUUGGGUCAGCGGGUCUGCAGGGAUCUACUGGAUCCAAAGGUCCUAAAGGAGGAAUCGGCAACCAGGGUCCAUCUGGCGAAGUGGGUGGUCCUGGAGGUCUUGGAUUACCUGGUCCAACUGGUCCAUCGGGACCUGGAGGUAUCGCUGGUAAACCAGGUCCUAGCGGUACACCUGGACAAAAGGGCCCCCCUGGUGAUGCAGGAUCAGCUGGAGAUCUUGGUGAAGAAGGAGAACCGGGUAAAGACGGAAAGGACGGCAUAGAUGGCGGUUCAGGAGAGAUUGGUUCAGCGGGAACAAUAGGACCUGGUGGACUUCCUGGCGAAUCUGGACCCGGUGGACCACGGGGUGGUGUUGGCCUUCCUGGAAAUGCUGGUGCCGAUGGUAUUGGAGGACUCAAGGGUGAAUCUGGAGCUUCUGGCAAAGACGGCAAAGCUGGACCCGGCGGACCAUCCGGAAUUGUUGGUGAAGAGGGUAAAGUUGGAAGUACGGGUAUAGCUGGUUCCGAUGGAGCUCCUGGAACCGCAGGAAGCCUGGGUGCUCAAGGAAAAACCGGUCGAAAGGGUGUGCUUGGUGACCAAGGUAAACAAGGCCUGCAGGGUGCACAAGGGCAAAAGGGACCAGCUGGAGCAGUAGGACAGCGAGGAUCAACUGGAUUAGAAGGUUUACAGGGUGUCAUAGGAGCAGCUGGAGCUAAAGGAACCGCUGGUGAAGCUGGCAAACAGGGUUCUCAAGGUGAAGGCGGUGGCAAGGGAGACACUGGGAGUGUUGGACAGAAGGGAGACCGCGGAGAGGCAGGUAGACGAGGCCGUAUUGGUGCACCAGGACCCAAGGGUAUGUUUGGUGCACUAGGACCACCAGGACCACUUGGACUUCCUGGCGACAGGGGAUCAUUAGGAGAGCCAGGAGCGUUUGGUCCUCCGGGAAGAGUUGGGCCGCCUGGACCAUCUGGUGAUAAUGGUAUCAGAGGAGGCAAGGGAGACCGUGGAAACAUGGGAUCAGAUGGAAAACAGGGACAACCAGGGCCUCCCGGACCUCCUGGACCCCCGGGUACCAUUUCAGGAACGUGGACGUCCGAAGCCAUGCAAAGUUACGAACUUGGAGCACAAAAGACACCUUACAGACUCUAUAACAGCCGUCAAGCAGCAAGAGAAAAGAUCGAGUCUGGUGGAAGUAACACCGAUCUUUUCGGUGACAUUGUGACUCUAAGUUACGAGAUCCAGAGCUUCAAGCGACCAACAGGCUCCAAGAACUUCCCUGCCAAAACAUGCAAAGACUUACAUAUGUGCCAUCCGAAUCUCCGUAGUGGAAACUACUGGAUUGACCCUAAUGAGGGCAUCCCAGACGACGCCAUUAACGUGUAUUGUGACUUUGAAACCCAAGCUACCUGCAUUUAUCCAUUAAAUAACACCAAGGUGUUCCAGAGCCCAAGACGCAAAUGGUAUUCUGGUCCAGAUCAAUACAAAUGGUUUGGUAAAGAACUACAAGGGCUUGCAACGAUGAAAUACUCAUUUGAGCCAAGUCAGUUGGUGUUUCUACGUAUUCUGAGUGACAGAGCCCGUCAAAAUAUUACAUACCAUUGUCGCAAUUCAGUAGCAUGGUCCAACAAGCAUUCUAUCAAGAUCGUGGGAGACAAUGGCAUUGAGUUCCAUGCAAGCAGUUCUAAUAAAUUUAGACCCAUUAUUAUAAAAGACGACUGUCAUAUCAAAGACGGAAAAUGGCGACAAACUGUCAUUUCUGUCGAUACAUCCAAACCCUAUCGAUUACCAAUUAGGGACAUUGCAAUGUACGACAUCGGCGAUCGAGAGGAAGAGUUUGGUGUGGACAUUGGUCCAGUCUGCUUCUCCUAGUCCUGAUCCCUCUCCUAAAUUCUUAACUUAAAUUCCCGCAGUUCUCUUCCCUUCUCCUGGUAGAAGUUUAAUGCUUUCUUUCCAAGAAUGUAAAAUGGACAUUCAUGUACUGCGAUUGGAAUAAACUGUUCAUAUUUUACAAAUAUCCAGAAAAUGAUAAAAACAUAGUAUGGUUUUGAUUUA